GGAGCCCGGCCCAUCCCACCCCUUAGCUGCCAGGCGCUGCCGGCAUUCAUCCGAGACGACGGGACGCGGAGCCCGGGCCCCGCAGGAGGAGACCGCACAGACCCCGACCCCAUCCCUGUGAAUCAAGAAACUUUCAAGGACCAAUGAACCCCAUAGCUCAUGGAAGAAAAAAAUCAUAUCAAGACAUCCUUGGUUUCCAAGUUACCGAAGUACGGAACAAAAUCUUUAGGGAGCACCCUACAGCCAAUGCCAAAUAGGACAGCUGUUCCCUUGUCAGGGAAUUCUCAUAGCAGUAGUGGCAAAAAUUGCAGCAAGCACAAUGGAACUGUUCAUAUGUCUUCCUUUGCUUUUAGCUGGCAAAAAUCAAAUAAAUAUCAACUUGGUGAUCAAAGUGGUGGUGAGUCUAACUCUGCCCAGAAUUCCAAUGAAAAACUAGAUGAUUCUGAGAAGUAUCCUCCUUCUCAAGGAGGAUUUGGGAAAGAUGUGCUCAGGGUGGGUUUGAACAGCACCUCUUCAGUAGCAUCAAAAACAGCAAAGCAAGUCAACAUGUUUGUGUCCUCUACAGAAGAAUUAAACCAAAAGUCUUUGCCUGGACUGUCUAGUUCAGCGAAAUUUACCAAAGGUACGUUAUUUGGCAGGACUUCGUAUUCUGGAAUCAGUGCUCCAAAAUCACAUUUAAAUGGGUUUUACGGAAAUAGGCCAUCUGUAGACUUGCAGAAGUGUAGAAUUAACUCCAAUGCCACCAGAACCAGUUCAGGAGAGAGUUUGGCGCAAUCCACAGACAAUGCUAAAUCUUUUUCCUGUGAAAAAAUGGGUAGAUCACAAAGUUUUUCACAUUCCAUUCAGAAUUCUUUCCUAUCUGCUGCAUCCUUAACCAGAUCACAUUCCUUUAAUAAAGCUGUAGAUCUUACAAGGCCUUAUCAAAAACAGCACCUGGCUAUUAGAGCGUCUCAGAGGUCAACUCUGUUGUCAAGAAAUGCCCAACAGUUGGAUGUACCCAGUGGAAAUGAACCUUUAAGGUAUGGAUUUACCAGGCCAUACGCUUCUAUAUCAACCUCUGGUUUAAAGAAGCCACCGCUCUCAAAUGGAUCCGGGGCAUCAUCCUCUUUGGGGUAUGGUAUGGGUCGUCCUUCUUUACUGAAACCUACCAGACAGCCGUUUACUGGAAAGAUCAUUGUGGAUGACAGCAAAAGUACAAGUACUGACAUGUGCAUAGUGAAGGUCUCUGAGGUUACGGUAAAUGUCAACGGAGCCAUUGAGAAAAAAGACCUAGAAAAUGACAGUCAAAGAACAGAAUGUGGUGAAGCCCUUCAUGACAGUCUGGGGAAGCAUGGCUCUAAAGUCAUAUGCAUGAAUGAUGAUGUGGAUGAAAUAUCCAUAUCUUCCUUGUCCUCUUCUGAGAAGAAUGACUUGAGUGAAGACUUCAGCGAUGACUUUAUAGAUCUAGAAGAUUUAAACAGAACAAUACAAGUGAAGCAAGAAGAAGUCCCUAUUGAAGAGUUAUUGCGUGGAGGUGCAACACCAGUAGAUCCAGUCACUUCUCUCAAGGAAAGUGAAAGGCCUCAUUGUAACACCGAUGAAUGGCUAGAUAUAGAUGUUUCUGCAGUAGAUGACAAGAAUGAAAGCACAAAGCAUACUAUUGGGAACAACUUGAUUUCUCCGGACAUGGACUACAGAGCUGGCUCCUCUUUUGAACUUUCUCCAUCUGAUAGUUCCGAUGGAACGUAUAUGUGGGACGAGGAAGGGUUGGAGCCCAUUGGGAGUGUCCAUCCAUGUGGAAGUUAUGAGUCUUCUGAAAUGAACAGCAUAGAUAUCUUGAAUAACCUUGAUUCAUGUGAUCUCGAAGAUGAUGAUCUCAUGCUUGAUGUGGACCUACCUGAGGACACACCUUGUGACAAUGUGGAGUGUGAAAAUAUGAAUCGUUAUGAUAGACAAGACAGAAAUACACGACAGCAGCAGGAUGGAUUCUGGAAGAGGACACCGCAGCGUUGGAAUACACAAGACCACUGUCACUUUGGCCAUGUAGGCCACUUUCCACAUGGUAAAAAUGACCUGAGCAGGGGCUCCAGCCACUUAGAGCCUUCUAUUGGUCACUUUGAAGGCUAUGGAGCACCAAACAUCUACCAGACGCCUAGACAGUUGGUGGGCUUACGGGAGAACACGGUGAUGCUUGAUGAAAUGACCCUUCGGCAUAUGGUUCAAGAUUGCACAGCUGUAAAAACUCAGUUACUAAAACUGAAAAGAUUACUGCACCAGAAUGAUGAGAAUGUCUCUCUUCAGGACAUCCCACUCUCAAUACCAUCAAGCCCAGAACCACAGGAUGUUGAGCCUAUAUAUAAGACUGAAGAUCUGCUAAAUGAGAUCACUCAGCUUAAAGAAGAUCUGAAGAAAAAAGAUGAAACAAUCAAACGAUUAGAGCAUCAGCUUGCAACUAGGUGUAACUGUCACAAAGAUGGCCAAAAACCUAAAGGGACGACGUGCACAUAUGCUGACAAAUUCACACAAACCUCCUGCAGGAGAAGCUCUCCUCAAGUACUACAGCCUUCCAGCAGCCUUCCCAGUUCCACAGUCCUCGCCCAGGGAAAAUUAAUAAAAACACCACAUAUCGAGGCCCACAGUGAAUACCCCAAACAGGGCCUGCAUGAAAACGAUCAUCCCAAUCAAAAUGCUGCAAAUGGUUCUCACACAAAUAGCCUGAAUGAGUUGAACCUUUUACUGAGUAAACGUUUAAAUAUAAAGGACCUGAAUGAGAAUGAAUCUUUUGAGGAGAAUUUGAAGGUUAAAAAGAGUGCUAAAGAACCUGAAGAGCUGGCUAGUCAUGAAGAUAGUACACGACAGUCUCUUCUUCCUUCUUUUCAGACACCUACUCAAAUGGAUGCUAGAGGUGUGCAGACUGAGUUAGCUGUGAAAAGUCAACCUUCACCCCCAAACCAGGCUUCUCGGCCAAAGACUUUAAGAGCUUCAGAGCCCCCGAACCAGAAAGCUUCAGUGCCUCCCACAGUAGCCAAUACUGCGUCAUCCCCAAACUGCUCCGCUGCUUCCAAGGCUGAGCUGCCGCCACCGCCACAGCCAACAGCCAGUCAGACACGCCCAAAGAGUAAACCGCGUCAGAGAAUUUCUAAACUUCGCCCACCAACUAUUUCCUUUGUUCAAUCUAAACAAAUAAGCAGCCCAAUACUUCUAUCUCCAGAACCUCAGAACUCCCAUUCCAAGACUAACAUCCCAAGGCCGCUGGCGCAACGAAAGGAAAAUGUGCAAGAUCAGAAUACCGGUUUGCGUUCUGGGGAUAGUUUGGCCUCUAAUCGGCAUUCCCGCCUCCCUAAACCAAAGACACAUUAAAAACAUGACAUCCAUAUGCACGUCUCAUUGGAAUGAAUCGUACAUCAAUUGCUUACCACAUAUUGACUACUUGAAUUAUGGCUUUGUUAUCUAAAUCCUGAAUGAAUAUUAAAAGUGGAAUCUAUCAUUAAUAUUUGCCUAUUCCAAUCUGACCUGUUUGGAAGUUGAUGCUACCAAAACCUGUGCAACUUCUCUUAAGAGAACAUAAUGGUUUAUACUUAACUGUACCUGUGGCCUGCAUUAGCAACUUGAUUACAUUUCUCUUCUGUCUCUCUUAAUACUUAAAAAAUGCUGAAGCCUGUGAUGACCACUAAACACUUUUCCAGGGUGCUUCACUAGGCAUUUGAGGAGGGCAGGUUGCUUGCAGAAAUCAUUUGUUGUUUUUAUUGAUGUGGACUAUCAGAGAGGGAAAUCACUAUUCAAUCUAAUCUUUCGGUUCUGACUACCAGUUAGGUUUAUAGCAGUGGAAAAUAAAAGAGACCUAAUCUAUUAGCAUAUUUUUUUUCCUGGCCAUAAUUUACUCUGUAUUCCAGAGGCCUAUGCAAAGUCUUUGUAUUUAUCAAAAUUAUCUCAUGACUCUAGUGACAUGUAUUUAAUGUUGUUUUAAUCUAGAUUUGUUUUCCUACAGGUAUCAGAAUGUUGCUCUAUUUGCUUUUGAGCUCAUCUUCACCAUUCAUGGAUGGCAAGCAGAUCUCACAGGUUGAAAGGGCUCUUAUUGCACAGAAAUAUCAAUCCAUCCAUGCAUUGUAGUAUGCUUUUGUGUUAUUUAAUAGACAUUGGGUAAAUUUUUGAAACAGUGCGCUAAGGAUACUUGUGCAAAAACUUGCUAAUGCAGGUGCUUUUGAGAUGGUGUAUAAUGAGCCUUGGGGAUACGGGGUCCAUGACACCUAUGCUGAGAGUUUCACACCAUACAUUUUAAUUAAGAACUUUUAACUUUAUUGUACUUUUAUAUUUAUUGACUUCCUGUUUACUAUUGGAAGACUCUGAAGAAUCAGACUUGAAAUGUUUGCACAAAACUUGGGCGUAUAUGUAGGGUUUUGAAAUUAUUUUACAUAUUUUUUUUUAAACUACUUUUUACUAAAACCCGCAGCUUUGCUUUGAGCAAUCCUAUGAUGUCAUAAUCAGAGCUGGUACUCUGAGUAUUUCAGAGAAGGGUACUUUUUUUUUUUUCCUCCUGGGAAGAAACUCGGUGGGGAAAUAAAAUAAGGAAAGAUAUUUCUGCUCUCUCUGGGAAGGUAUUCUCUCUGAAGGUGGUCUUCAAAUAUUUGUCAGGUGGCAGCUGUGGGGGCAUAAAGUUUGUAAAUGCACACGCUAUGGAUUGAGUAAGUGCAUAUCCAGCAAAGUGUUCCAAAAAUUUACCCUUGUAUCCCACACAAUCGUAGUAUCUUGUUUUCUUCAGCUUAUAUGUACCUGACACUCAGGUAGCAGAAUACUGUCAGAAUUAGUAUUUUCAAAAAACUUAGUUUGUGUGUAAUAAAACAGAGAAACAAGACACAGUAACACUAUUCUAGGCCUUUGCUGAAGGAAGAUGUAUUAUAGUACACUUUUCCAUAUCCACAGGAACCUUCAAUAAUAAAUUUUGCCCCGCCAAGAAUGGCCAUUCCCAAUGAAAAAACAAGUGACCUAAACUUUUGAAUAGAUGACACAUGAACAAUGCAAAGUGCUCAUUGUUCUCUUUUAAUCAGCAGUGAGGUGAAAGAAAUCCGUAAGUACACUUAGUUUAAUCUGUUCAUUUCACAUCUAGUUAUUCAGUUCUGAAAUAAAACCGAACCAUGUUUUUUGUUAAUUCAUAUAAAAAAAAAUCUACUUAGCAUUAAUAUUCAGUAGCUGUUAUAUAAAUUGAUCAAAAUAAGUCUAAGCACAAGACUACUGUUAUAAUUAUGUUUUUUUCCUUCUAGAAAGGCCCUGAGUAUCCUGUUUGCUGUCCAGAAGCAGAGUAGGCCUUAAUAUUUGAGGAGUAAAUAAAACUGAUUUUGUAUGUAUUUGUAAAAUUAACUCCUGACAGUAAGCUGUGUUUCUCCAGAGUUUGAAAACUGCUGAUGAAAUGGUCAGGUUCUUGGUUCAUUUUCAGGUCUGUAUAGAUUUUUAUGGAAAUUUUGAAAGCUGACUUUCCUUAAAGGGAAGGUGAUUUUAUUUUUAAUUUUCUACAGUUUGUCUAAGGGGAGACUAUUUUCAUUUAAAGGAAUGCUGUCGGUGUAGAGAGAUUUCAGAGUGCGUUCUCUUAUUCCCAUCUCCCCUCGCUCUGCCCCAAGUUUCCACCAGUCCGAUUUACUUUUAAAGAGAUAGUAAAAUAAAUGUUGAUUUUUUUAAAUCUGCACCUUCACUGAUUAAGUUACAAAGAAAAGAGCCCAUCAAGUUUUUCAUAAAAUACAAAACGGUUUUUAAGAUCAGAUUUUUUUUGCAAAAAAACAAGUGGUUCUUCCUGGGUGUAUAGAAACUUUAGUAACCUAUUCCUUGAUGUGAAAAUAUAUAUACACACACAUGCACUUAUUCACACUUCCUGUUUUAUCCUAACAGACUAGUAAAUAAGAAAUGGAGCCAUGGGUAGCAGAGUUGCUAUUUGUACAAGACCAUGCUGCUAAUCUAAAUUGUAGUUGUGUUGAGUUGAAACUCUGCUAAACAUUCACUCACCUAAACACAAGUACAUAUUUCUGUUACUAUCAUGCCUUUACCAAGGAUGGUUGCAAUGUAUGUCUAGAAAGUCCAGAGUGUGCGGUAAAGCUGGUUAGUUGAUGAACAACUGAAAGAGGUAAUGAAGUGAAACUGAAGUCUCACUCCGGUGAAAGGGAAAAAAGUGCUGGUGUUGUAUGGAACUCGAAGUCUGAAAUGGAAGAAACAACCUUAUUUAAAGAUGGAGCUGUUUCAUCUGUACUGGUGUCGAUGAUUCUAAAUGAAUAAAAUAAAGGGUUAGAUGUAUCUGAACUUUUUUAGGUUUCUAAAAUGGGUUAUUGCUGACUUUCAUCCGUUUCAGGUCUGACGUUUUGUGCAGUACUCACAAAAGUGUUAAACUACUGUUCAGUAUAAUGUGUAUAAAGCAGAAACAAAACAAGUUACGUAUUUUAACAAGUGAAAACACAAAAGGAGAAGAAAAAAUAAAUUGCACUUUAAAUGAGCUUUAUUGCUUGGAGUUGUGCCUAAAAUAAUCUAAAUGCCUCCUGUUUGUGAGUGGCUUUUUUGUUUGAACCUAAUUUUCCUGCAAGUGUUGCUGUUUCCAAGAUAUCUUUAUAUCACCUGACAGAAUUAAUGUACACUCUAGCAUGUAAGAAUAUCCAUAUAGUGUAGCAAGUUUUCAUUGUGUAUUGUAUUUAUUUUUUUUUAAAAUCAUGGAAUUUUAACACUAAUGCAACUCCAGACCUCCCCUACCCCCCUGCCUCUCCCCCAGCUGGUACUUCCUUAAUCCCAUUUUAAGUCAAUGGCAAAACUUUCAUGGGACUAAUAUUUAGCCCUUGGAGAAUAAUGUUCCUAGAGUAUAUUGUGGAGAUGUUAAGAACCAUAUACAAUACUAACCCAGGGGGUUGGUGAAAGUAAUCAUUUACCAUAGCCACUGAAAGUCUUUUCACAUAGUUCAUAUAAAAACGAUUUUAGAGUUCAAAAUCAGACUGCAAGGAGGUUCAGUUAUACUGCCUCAUAGAUCAGUAAAAGACAGUCCAUUUUUGGUCUUAACUGCUGACUUAUUGUAAAGAAGCUAGAAGACUUGACUACCAUUUGAGUGGUUUAUUUUGUUGUUUGCAUGUCAUUACCAUAAGACAUCCAUAUAGUGGUUUAUUGCAUGUAUGGGGUGGGGGAAGUUUCAGUUUUUGCACAGCACAUAAUACUCUUACCAUUCUCAUACCCUUAAAAUGGAAAUUCACUCUUGAAUUGGGCUGCCAUAGCUAUUCUUUUUCAUCUCAUCAUAGUGGCCAGCACUAAGCAGAGUGGAUUUUAAUAGAUGAUCAUGUUGGUAGGCAUGAGUUCUAUAAUAAUCUACAAUCAUGCCAUCAAGGACAUUCAAGAGUACUUCAAUCACUGUUGUGGUAAAGCUGCUCACUGCCUACUUAAAGCACCACAAUAAAAACAAUAUAAUCUCCAGUGUUGGUAUUUAAAGUCUUAAAUUGAGUAUUAGCUACAAAAAAUUUCCUUAAUAUCUACAAAAAGAAAAGGAGGACUUGUGGCACCUUAGAGACUAUUUAGCUCAUGAAAGCUUAUGCUCCAAUAAAUGGGUUAGUCUCUGAGGUGCCACAAGUCCUCCUUUUCUUUUUGCGAAUACAGACUAACACGGCUGUUACGCUGAAACCUUAAUAUCUACAGUGUUGGUUUUCUUAGAUUUCUUUUUUAAAACCAAUUCAGAGAAAAUACUGUAUAUUGGAAUUUGCUUGUAAAGUUGAGUUUAAAACCUGUAUGUAAAGAUUCUUUCCUUUGUGUUGCGCUAGUGAAUACAAAUAAAAUAAAUAAUUCUAAAUAUCCA